UCAGCGAGAUGUGGCGGCGGAAGGCGAGCGAAACAAAUUGAGGCGCCGAGAGGCUGUCAAGUGCGCGCGCCGCCUUCCCCGCUUCGGCUGAGGAUUGCCAUGGCGGCUGCGGCGUCCUCUCCUGCGACGACCCCCACGGCCCACUGGAGCCGCUUUGAGCAGGAGAGGGACCUGACCCUCCGGGAGCUGGUCCGGCGAGUCACGGGCCUCCAGGAGCGGGGCGCCGGCGAAGGGGAGCCCGGCCACUUCCAAGCGGCGCUCGGCUUCGCCUGGUCCAACGUCAGGUUUCAUCGAUUUCUCGAUGUAAGUAGUCACAAAGUGGAGAAAACAAUAGACGGAAUUUAUGAAAAGCUGGUUGUUCAUUCAGAACUUGUAAAAGCUGCAAGUUGGAAAAAAUUAACGGAAAAGUUUCUGAAUUUGCCUCUUCCAACGACUGAAGGAACAAAGACAGAGACCCAUUAUGCCCUACUCUCUCUCUUGCUAUGCUUGUCUGAUUCUCCUUCCAACACCAGUUAUGCAGAAAAACCGAGAGAGAAAGAAGUGGAAAAAGAAGAAUUUGAUUGGGGAAAAUACUUAAUGGAAGGUGAAGAAUUUGAUUUUCCGCCUGAUUUAGAGACACCAGAGUGGUCUGAUGCGAGUAAUGAUGAAGAGGAUGCCGAACCUUUGAGUAGGGAAGAUUCUGGUAUUCAGGUGGACAGGACACCACAAGAAGAUCAAGAUCAAAACAAGAAGUCAGCAUCUCAUGUUACCUGGAAAGGUGAACCUGAUGCACGUACCUGGUUGGAGCAACAUGUAGUUGCUCCAUAUUGGACCGGAAGAGCAGUCCGUUUUUCCCAUAGUUUACAUUUCCAUUCCAAUUUAGCUGCUGUGUGGCAGCAGCAUUUAUAUAAUACAGAUCCGUUGUAUAUGCCAGAAGAAAGAGUUAUUGUUACAGAAACACAGGUUAUUCGUGAAACGAUUUGGCUUCUUUCAGGUGUAAAAAAGCUGUUUAUAUUUCAGAUGAAUGAAGGAAAGAUUACUGUAAGAAAUGAUAUCAUGGUCACCCACUUGACACGUAAUUCAUUAAGAGCAAUGCUGGAGCGGAUAGCAGCAUAUGGGCAAGUUGUAUUUAGACUGCAAAAGUUUAUUGAUGAAGUGAUGGGUCACGGCUCAGAAAGUGGAAUGCAUGGAACCAUGUCCACACCAAAAAAAUCUAUAGAAGCCCCAUUUAGAACCUACCAGGCAUUUAUGCGAGCUCUCUAUAAGUAUUUCAUCAACUUCAAAGAGGAACUUACUGAAAUUGAGAGGUGUAUUAUCAAUUCAGACACGACCAUCACUCUCUCUAUAGUAAUGGAGAAAUUGUCUCCUUGGCUGGCACAGCUGAAGGUCCUGCACAAAGUAUUUAGCACUGGAGUUGCAGAAGUGCCCCCUGACACUCGUAACGUUGUGAGAGCUUCUCAUUUGCUUAAUACUCUGUACAAAGCCAUAUUGGAUUAUGACAAUGUUGGAGAAGCCUCAGAGCAAACGGUCUCUCUCUUGUUUUCUCUGUGGGUUGAGACAGUAAGACCAUAUUUACAGACAGUGGAUGAGUGGAUUGUUCAUGGAAGCUUAUUUGAUCCUGCCAAAGAAUUUAUAAUUCAGAGAAACAAAAAUGUUCCUGUGAACCAUAGGGAUUUUUGGUAUGCUACUUAUACUUUGUAUAGUGUAUCGGAAAAAACAGAGAAUGAAGAGAAAAUGAGUGACAAUGCUAGUGCCAGUUCUGGGAGUGAUCUGGCACCCUCAAGCAGGCAGCACACCAUGGUCUCUUUUUUGAAACCAGUGUUGAAACAGAUCAUUAUGGCUGGGAAGUCUAUGCAGUUGCUGAAGAACUUGCAAUGCACCGAUGGUUCUCCACAGCAGGCUGCGUUCAGAGAUACAGAAAGAAAAAGUCUGUACAUGUUAUUUUUGGAGUCAGUGCAGUCACGGUUGCGACACGGAGAAGAACCUGCUCAGGAUAUUGUUACAGAACAGCAGGUUACUAAGCAGAGUCUAAUAAAGAUGCAGUCUAUUGCAGAAAGACAUUUGGAGUUGGAUGAUGUUCAUGAUCCCUUACUGGCUAUUAAUUUUGCAAGGCUAUAUUUGGAACAGAAUAACUUCCAUGAGACACUUGCAGCUGACGAUGUUUGUGUGGAUCGAUCAUCUGAAUCUGUUACAUGUCAAACAUUUGAACUGACAUUGAGGUCUUGUCUUUAUCCUCACAUAGACAAACAAUAUCUACAGUGUUGUGGCAAUUUAAUGCAAACUUUGAAGAAAGAUUACAGGCUGGUAGAGUACUUGCAAGCAAUGAGAAACUUUUUCUUAUUGGAGGCUGGAGAUACUAUGUAUGACUUCUACACAUCCAUUUUUGAUAAGAUACGAGAGAAAGACACUUGGCAGAAUGAACCAUUUCUUAAUGUACAGCUCCAAGAAGCAGUUGGACAGCGCUAUCCAGAGGACAGUUUGCGGCUAUCUAUACUGUGUGAAAAUAUUGAUAUAGCAAAGAAGAAACUUCCUGUUCAUACUUUGGAUGGUUUAAUACUGAGCUAUAAGGUCCCUUGGCCUGUGGAUAUAGUUAUAAGUGUGGAAUGUCAGAAAAUCUAUAAUCAAGUGUUUCUUCUAUUGCUACAAAUAAAGUGGGCCAAGUAUAGUCUGGAUGUGCUAAGAUUUCAUGAACUAGUCAAAGCAGGAGAAAAGACUCAGCAUGAAGAAGGAGCUAUAUUUGUACAAGAAGCACUCUCUCAGUUUGGAGCACAAACGGAUCCCAUUAAACAACAAACUCAUCGUAUGUUCCUUUUGAGGAUGAAGCUCAUGCAUUUUGUUAACAGUCUGCACAACUACAUCAUGACUAGGAUUCUUCACAGUACAGGUUUGGAAUUUCAACAUCAGGUAGAAGAAGCAAAAGAUUUGGAUCAAUUAAUUAAGAUUCAUUACAGAUACCUUUCUACAAUUCAUGACCGCUGCCUGUUGAGAGAAAAGGUUAGUUUUGUGAAAGAAGCUAUAAUGAAAGUGCUGAAUCUAGUACUGAUGUUUGCAGAGCGUUGGCAAGCCGGAUUGGGAGCUUGGAAGAUGGAGUCUAUAACUAAGAUGGAAUCAGAUUUUAAAAACUGUCAUAUGUUCCUUGUGACAGUACUGAACAAAGCAGUGUGUCGAGGCUCCUUCCCACAUUUGGAGUCCUUAACCUUGUCGCUCAUGGCUGGAAUGGAACAAACUUAGCAAAAUAAGAGAUUUGUGUGAAACUACUGAAACUCCAGCAAGAUCUUCUUUCCGGCAUUGUGACAGUUCAAUACUUAAAGUAUUCUAAUGAGAUUUACUUGAAGGAUUUACUGAGGUUUUUCUUUCAGGAUUGCAUUCUGUAUCCCAGGAGUCACAUGGUUGCACAUAAUGGUACAGUUAUCUGUGCUCAAAGUUAUCUUGUAAAUUAAAUACUUAAAAUCAUUUAUCUGUUCUAUAUGUUAAAUGUUAAUUUGCCGUAACUAGAACUUUAUUUUCCUCCAUGAGGAACAUGUGAAGAACAACCCAUAAAAUAAAUGCUUAAUACAAAUUUCCAUGUUCAUUAUCUGAAAUGUAGUGUCAGUCAUUUAUUGUUUUGAUGAGGUGGAGAAGUUCACUUUUCCAUUGUCCAAGAUUAUUGAUAAUUAUGCUUAAAUUCCCAUAGCUAUAUUGUAGUUAUGAUAAAUUGGACUAUUUUACUGGAUUACAUUUUUCAUGGAAAUGUGUUGCUAUUUAUUUACUUAGUAGUACAGGAAGCAUUUUAUACCACAAACAGUGCAUUUGCAUAAUAUAUUUGUUUGGUCAUUCUAAUGGCAGCAGAGUGUUAUUUUACAGUUUUAUGAUUUAAAAUGCUCUCAUAAUUAUCACUUCAAUAGGAUAUUCUGUUAAUAUAAUAUACAAGGUUGCUUCCUUCUCCAUUCUGCAGAUUUUUUUUACUGUAAUUACCUAUUGUGAAAUGUGGUGAAGGUUGUUUGUGAGAAGGAACUGGAAGAUAUAUAAGGAUAGUGGGUAGCUUGAACUAUAUAUGGCUUUGUCUACAGAAUGGUUCCUUUUUAUCAGAUACUUGGCUAUCAAGAGCAGAGUAGAAAGUAUCAAGAGUAGGGACCAUGUUUGUAUGUAUAGGAAUGCUUGUCCAUAUCAGGGUGGUAACUUUUGUGUUGGAAAACAUUCCUCCCAUAAUGAGCAGCAAUGCUGGUAUGGCUUGUAUUUGUAUAGCUUUUUAUUUACCGUGUUUUCCCGAAAAUAAGACAGUGUCUUAUAUUAAUUUUUGCUCCCAAAGAUGUACUAGGUCUUAUUUUCAGGGGAUGUCUUAUUUUUCCAUGAAGAAGAGCUCACAUUUAUUGUUGAACAACAAAAUGAACAUUUAUUAUAUACUGUAAAGUAGUUGUCAUCACAAACCAGCAUAACCAGACAAAAUGUGAAUCCUAUCAAUAAUUUCUUGUUACUACCAUUAUUUCCAUGUACAACUGGUAUGUACAUUUACCAAUCCUGAAUGCUCUGGUGUUCUGUUUGGCAGGCGCUGGGCAUGCUUCCAAACAAAAACUUUUCUAGGUCUUACUUUCGGGGGAGGCCUUAUAUUUAGCAAUGCAGCAAAACUUCUACUAGGUCUUAUUUUUCGGGGAUGUCUUAUUUUCAGGGAAACAGGGUAGUUGAAAAGCUUGAUACUGAAUCUCUGCAGUUUUUAAAAAUAAUCACUGAUAAUAAUAACUGUAAUAGAACCAAGACAAAAGUCAGUCAGAUAUGUGUAAGUUACACAGUCAGUAUAGAUACAGAAUGGACAAUGACAGAAAGCUGAUUUGCCUAAUAAGAGAACAGUUUUCUAUUCUUUUGAAGACUAGGGCUUCAUAAAUAACCAUGGAGAGGAUCAUAGCUACUUGUAAGUAACUGUCAUGGGUCCCUAUAUGGGUCCCUAUAUGGGUGCAGUUAGUCUGCUAAAAUUCUGUAUAGAAGCCAGUUUAGCAACCACCUAUCUUACUAGUGUCUUACAUGAGGAGGCGUCCACUUAAACAAUUGGGGCCUUCAGGGCUAAAGUCCAUUGCACUGAAUCUGGAGAUAAAUGGAAACUGUAUUUUGUGUGCUCCAAAAUAGAAAAAAUAUGAGCACUGUGGGAACAAAUUUUUACUAUUGUGUCACACCUGCUUAAACAAGAAUAUUGUUUGUAUUAUGUGCUAGCUGACACUCCUGUAUUAUUUUCAAAGGCAGCUCAGCAUUAUUUCAUGUAUCAGAGCAUGAAUAAUAAUGAUCAGUAUAAUGGCAGAGGUAUCUGAGUUUGCUUAUAGAUUCUGGAAAACAGCAUUCUUUCAAACAGUGUUUAAAUUAUCCCCUUUAAGAAAAAAUGACUGGACAGGUCUUGACCUUUGCAUUGAUAUUAUAAAAUCUGAGUUUUACAUUUUAAAAUGUUUCUUCUAAAAGAAAGAGCACCGUGGAUUCAAAUCUAUCAUUUGAUGCUCUUAUGCAAUCAUUUCUUCAUUAUUGUCUUUUAAAAAAACCAGUUCUAUCCCAGCUGUACAAGAAACAGAUGUGAUAUGAAAGAAUAUAUUCUGUUACUUGCAUGGGACACAAUGUGCAAUAAGGGAAAAAAAUCAGUGGUGGGACUAUACAGAGAUGACAGUGAAAUACAUUUCCUUUGCUUCAAUGUGCAACAUUAUCUAGCUCUGGAUCUGUGCUUUUUAAUGGAAAAAAAUGACAAUGUAUGGUUAAUUGUGUUCUUUUUCAUUUUAUUUUAUUUGGAAAGAAAAAAAGAUGGAGAACCCAGUGGGAAAGAAAUUUAAAAAAUUACAAGUAUGUCAGAUGCCUAGAACAAUAUCACUUCUGGCAGUGAAUGAAACAGGAAGAUUAUAUGAUAAAAGGCUCAUCUGGGACCUCCGUCUCAAAAGUUCAUGAUAAGAUGGAGAGUAAAAUUAAUUGUAAUUGGUUGUGAAAUAUGUGACUGUUUUGGAAUUAAAAUUGACAGGUAUGGUGCUGUAAGUUGCCUUCUAAUCAUUACUCUAAAAGAUGAGAUGUAAAUAAAUCUUUUUUUAAAAAGUA